AUGGCAGAGACUCCUAAGGGCGGUGUAGCUCAAUUCCCAACACACCCUCAAGAGCCUUCCAACGAGGCGGAAUCUUCGAAAACAAAACACCUAGCCUCAGUUCCACCUCCAAGUCAAGAAAUAACUCACCAUCCAAACGUGCCCGAUGUCACUGUUCAGCCUUGGACCUUGGAACUUACUCUAUCUCCAGAACCAGAAACACAGGUUGUUGGGUCUUCUCCAAUCCAGCAAGACCAACCAACUCUAUCUCUGGAGCACCGUGAGGAGAUUGUAGCUCAAUCUCCAGUUUAUAAUCAGGUGACAGUUGAUUCUACAGGUCAGGGCCAAGGUCAGAAAUCAAAAUUACGUGAUGUCAUAGUUAGUCUUCUAGACCUGCCGCUUACUACAACUCCUCAGUUCACAGCAGAGAUUAAACAUUCCAUUGCCCUGGAGGAAACCGCACCUCCUACAAAGCAAAGCACACUGAAGUCGUUUACUGAAACAAGAGCAUUACAGACUGCAUCCCCUCCAAACCAAGUGACAGUUCAACUUAGAAGGAGCACAUGUCUCCAAGGGGGCCACCAACACAGCGUGCCAAGAACAGAAGUAAUACUCACAUACAUAUGUGAGCUCUGUGUCUGCCAAAACGCAAUGUCGUCCUGUAUUGGCCUUCAAAAAGAGAAGAAGAAGCUCCGCAGAGUGCCUGUGCCAGAGCCCAACACGUACAACGGCAUCUUCACUGUCUUUGUCAUAGUUCAACCUGCAGACCUGGCGCUUACCACAACUCCUCAAUUCACCUCAAAGACUGAACAGUCCACAGCCCUGCAGAAAAACACGCUUCCUACAAAGCACAAUACAGUUCAAUCUUUUAUCCAGAACCCUUUAUGGAGACUAAGCCUUCUACAAUCCUGCAGAGACCUACAUCUCCAAAGCACGCUUAUGCAGCAUUCAGCAUCAACUGAGGCAGCCCUUUCUUCUCCAGUGACUUAA